AUGUCUUUGGAAAAUUUAUCAAUCAAUUCCAAUUUUCAUAUCAUUCAAGAUGCUGAUAAACACAAAACUACAGUAACAUCAGAUGUUGUUGAUGAAGAGUCAUCAUCUUCAAAAGAUUAUCAUGGACUUACAAGCAUUAUUGAACCAGCGAAUGGAAUAAGAAUUCCAUUACAUUUAAAGCACCAAACAUCAACACCAAAGGUGAUCACUUCUAAAAACGUGUUAAGAACAAGACAACGAAGACAAUCAGAGGAAGGUGUUCAAUGUACAACUGGUGACCAUGAUAGAUCUUUAAUUUAUGAUUCACCAAUAGAUGAAUUAAGUGCUUGGUUAAAUAGUGUACUUCGACAUGGUCGACUUAUUCCAUUGACAGAUGUUCAAUCCUUUUAUAGUGAAAUUAUUAAGAAUUAUAAGCAUCAUCAUCAACGAUCUGAUUCUACUGUUCGCUGUGAUAUUCUUCGAAAAGAAUUGGAAGUAAAAUAUCCGAAUCACUAUCAUUUUGAAACUGUUAAUAAAAGAGAUGGGACUUACGUCGCUUUAAAUGAUAUUAGUCAUUACUCACGUGCAGCAAUACACAUGAGUAAAUCUUCAACAUUCGACCAUGGGAAUCGGCAAGAUUCUAGUUGUAACAUAUCAAAAUCGUUCAAUGAAGAUCAAGUUGACAGUUGUCAAGUAAUCUUUGAUGCAGUACGAUUACUUCGUAGUCAUAUGAAAGACAAAUUAUAUUUAAUUGAAACACUUUUUAAACAAGUAGACAAGAUCACUGAACUCACCAAUGAUCUGUUUAUCGAUUGCAUACCUAUUGUACUCCGGAAUUUCAUAGGUUUACUUACUUCAAGCAAUCGUGAAUUUAAACAAUUUGAAAAUAAUUAUUUUUACUAUGAUCUUUAUACCAAGGAUUUUUUCCAGAAAAGCUCUAAAUCGUUGAAAAAUGUAUCAAUAGGUUACGAUAUUAUAAACGCCAGACAUUGCCAUAUUGUAUCACCGAAACAUAUAAUACUAGCCAAUGAAAUUUGUAAACAUGGAAGAUCAAAUGAGCUUUUAUUAAUUAUGAAUCGAUUUGGACACGCUGCUUCUUACAAGACAAUAAGUCGAAUUCAUCAACAGAUUGCUAAUAAUCAAUCCGUAGAUUCUUUACCAGAUGGCGUUCUGCCAGAGUGUUAUUUAGUACAAGUCGCCGACAACUUUGAUCUUAAUAGAGAAACACUCCAUGGAGAACACGAAGCAUUACGUGAUCAUGCAAUGUCAUUUUACCACGAUUUUGAGCCAUUUAUUGAUCAUUCACUUACACCUCAUUUGUUUGCUUAUGGAUUCAUCAAGUCUUACUUCAAUCGUUUAGGAACGUGUAAUUUACCUUUGUAUUCAGGUUUCAUGGCAAUUCACUUACCACAUAAUAAUCGAUCAAGGCAUAAAGUUACUUUUAUGACUCCAAUUAAUGAAGAUCCUAAUAAAAUAGAAACAACUAAAGAAUGCAUAAAUCAAAUGAAAAAGCUGUUACUUGAUAGUGGAUUGCAGAAUGAUGCUAUUUUAAUAGUUGACGAACGAAUUUUUCGAUUAUGCAUUGAAGUAAAGGAUGAAGAUUCAUCAAAUUUUGAUGGCAUUUUUCUCUACCCAGGAGAUUUCCACAUGAUGAAAUGUGCCAUGAAAGUAAUAUGGGAAGUUUUAGAAGAAUCUGGCAUUGAUAAUCUAAUGGGUUUAUUGUACAAAGGUGCUACACAUCGAGCUGUUUUAUCAGUUGCUCAUUUUAAUAAAUCAUUACGUGCCAUCAAACUUCUAUACACAGCAUUACUUAUUCUUAUACAUACUGAAUUCAUUACAACAUUGUCAUUGUCGAUGGUUGAAGAAAUAGAAAAAUUGAUGAAUAGAAUGCCAUUAGAUGCACCCGAUGUUGAAGAAAGCAAAGCAUGGUACGCUUCAGUACUUGAUUAUUUCUCAAAUGUUAAACUUCAAGACACUUUUGAUUCAUGGAUUAAGAUUAAUUGUGAAAAAAAUUUAAAAUUUCGUUUUUGGACGUUCGUUUUAUUUGAUCUAAUUACUCCACUUAUCAAGUUAUAUACUGCAUUACGUACAAGUAAUUUUUCUGCUCGGAACGCAGCUGUCUGUGAGCUAGCAGAAUUGUUUUUUGCUACAAAUCAUAGACAAUAUGCUCGUUUAACAGCUAGACACAUUUCCGAUCUUCGUGUAUGUCCACAACAUCUCUUAGAUCGUUUGUCUAAAAGUUUUGCUGUUGUACGUACUAACCGUAAUUUUAGCUCUAUUGCUCUUGAUCAAACAAUUGAAGUUACGAUUAAUAAGAUGGGAAAAGGACAUGGUGGUAUAACAGGUCGUUGCUCGAUGAAAUCUAUUGAUAUUUGGUCAAAAUCAUACACAUUCCGGUCUCUGCUUUCUACAGUAGCAAGUGAAUUAGCUGGUAUUGAAUCUAAUGUUAACAGUAUGGAAAGUCAUGUAGAAUGUUCACAAACUCGUAUGGAAUCAGACCACGUCGAUUUACAAAUUAUAUUAGAUAAGAUUAUUGAUGAAAAAUUAUUCUCAUCAGAUACAAAUGAUGUUAUACAAAUUUUUACCGGUAAGGUUAUUCAUCCCGACAUUAUUGAAAGUAAUUGUAUGAGUCGUAUAACUGGUGCAGAAAUACUUAAAAAAUUUAUUCAUGAACGAUUAGUUAAUUGUUCUACACCUUUAAGUGUAACAUUGAAUGCAUCAUCGUUGCUUCGUAUUCGUGAUAAUGAUACAUAUGAAAGUAGUCGAUCCAACGUCAAGAAGUCAUCUCGAAGAAAGUCUACAAUUGACAUUAAAAAAGUUGAUGCUGAAAUUCGACGAAUAUUGCUUCUAUCUCAAUAUCGUCCGAUUGACUUAGAAUCAGUGUUCAGUCAUGAGUUAUCAACAAUACCGAUUAGUUUAUGUUCAUUAGAAGAUGUUAAUAUGUUAAAUCAACAAUCGAAAUCGAAAGACACUUUCGAAUUUUUAAAACAACAGUUUCCAACAGCUAUUUAUUCAACAAAUAUACCAACUACAAAUCAACCAAAGGCUCUUGUCAUUGAUGGUUCGUCAUUACUACACAUCUAUCCUCGUAAAGGAUCUAAUGCUUUUCAAUAUGCUCUUUAUCUAUUGAUUGAACAUAUCUUACCUUACUUCGUCGAUUAUUUACGUAUUGAUAUUAUUUUUGAUUCACCUAAAAGUCGAGAUUCAAAGUCAUUUACAAAUCGUUAUACCAACAGCGGUAAUGUACAACCAAAGUACAAUAAUAUAAUGCGAAAUUCUAUACUUCCAACUGGCAAAGCAUUUCAAAAUUUUGUUAUAUCUAAUCGAGCUAUCUUUGCUGCUUCAAUUAUUGAAUCUUGGAAAGAAACAGAAGCCACAAAUCAAAUUCCAUCAGGAUGCGUAUUGAUAGUAGCUGGUCCUGAUGAAAAAGCAUUUAAAUUAGAAAAGGAUGAACAACCGGAAGAUCUAAUUGAACUCGAAAUAAAAUCAAUUGAUACAGAUGUUAUCAUUUUAUGUAUUUAUCAUGCAUCUCUAUGUGGUCUUCGUAGUCUAUUGGUUGAUGCAACUUUACCAAAGAAGCAGUUGAAAGUAAUUGAUUGCAAAUUUAUACACGACGAAUUGAUUGAUCGAUAUGGUGUAAAUCCAUUAAUAUUUCUUAUCGUAUAUGCACUUUCCGGAUGUGAUACAUGUUCAUUCACCCGAAAUGUUAGCAAACGAACUUUUAUGCAAGUCAUGUUUGAUACACCGAACGAUUUUAAUGAUUUACAAAAAUUAACUACCUUACCAACCAGUAAAGAUGAUAUUAUUGCUGCCGAACGACUAUUUGUCAGAUGUUUUUCUUCGAAUCGACGUCGUCGACAAUCAACUUCUACAGCAUCAAGUUCAAAUAAUUUGUCACAAAUAGAUGUAAAAGAUGUCUCAAUCAAUCAACUUCGUGCCAUCAUCGCCAUGGUCUGUUUGAAAAAAAAUGCGACAACUAUCGCUACAUCAUUACCACCAACACAAGAUUCUUUGUUUUACCACUGCCUACGCACAUCUAGGCAAGUUCAAAUAUGGAUACAAGCUCCCGAUAGUUAUAUCAAAUAUCCUGAUUUACAGGAAAGUGGUUUCACGAUAAUUGAUGGUCGUGUUCAAAUUCAAUGGACAUCUAAAUUACCAUUUUCAAAUGAUCGUCAACUAACAUGUUGUGGGAAACACAAAGGAAAAUGCAUACGAUGUGUUUGUAUUGUAAAUCAAUUGCCAUGCACAAUAUUUUGUCAAUGUGACUUCGAUUGCCCAAAUCGAGCAUUAAAUCAAACUAGCACCACAAAUUCACAGAUAUCGAUAAGACCAACAAAAGAAAAAAAAGAUACCUUUACAUUAAACUCAAGACUUACAACAUCAGCUUUUGAUUAUGAAUACAUUAGUGAAGAAGAAUCUAGUGAUCAAUCAUCUGGUUCAACUGAUUAUUGUUCAAUUGAUGAUAUGGAUGAAGUUAGUGAUGGGAUUUCAUCGUCGAGUGAAAGCGAACAGUCUGUAGAUUGUCCUUAUUUUUGA